GUGGCAGAGGAUUGACCCUGACUUCGCGAGCAGGAACCUGCUUCCGCCUCUGUUGGCUCUAGCCAAGUGAGCCGCGCUCCACCUUGAAGCGCGGGGGCGGCGGCGUUGUGGUCAAAAGCCGGGCGAAAGUUGAAGCUCUAACCUGCGGAAGGAGGAAGGGAGGGCCCCACGGGGCAAACCAGAAUUUGGGCUGGCAAAGGAAGAAGUGGAGAGAGCCGUAUCGGACAGGUGGGCGAGAGAGGGAGCUGGUUCUCCCCGCUGGAUCCGACGCUUCGGUGUGGGAGCCGCGACGGGUAGCUCCGGGUCGCCGGGAUCGUCGAAGGGGGAGGAAGAAGGCGAGGAGCACCUUGAGGCGGAAGCCCGGGGCUUUGGCUCUGUGGAAGCUUGCCGUCCAUUUACAAUAGGAAACCUCUGGGAGGCCUGCUAAGGGAGUUUGUGGAAGAGUUUGCGUGUCGUGUUCCGCUGGAGGCUUCAAAUGCACUCGGCUCUGCAUACCUCUCAGGACCUUACUACUGGGUUGGACUAGUGGGCGUUUGGCUGUCUUUCCUGACCGAGUAAUUCAAUAAGCAACAGGUUUAAUUCUGGUCAUCGUGGAGGUGAUGGGAAAACUGCACCUGUUGAAUGUUUGGUUGCAAGUAUACCUUUAUCUGAAGAUUUUAAGAAAGUGUGGAAGCCUGGAAUAAGAAAUUAUUUGUAUUGCCAAUGUGUGAAGCAAGCCUAAUGCAUAACAAACUGUGUGAUGCCUUAGAAGGUGAAGAUGACAUGAUAUAUGGAGAUUUAGGAAAUGGAUUUAAAAAACAUAAUGGUAUUUAUGAAUCAGAAGGCUUCAACAAAUAUACAGUUAGGUCUAGAAGCGGUUCUGCAAGGAAGAGUUUGCCAAGUGAUGGAGAAGAAUACGAUGCAGUAUUUUUUCAUUGCUCAAAAUGUAACAGUUUGAAUGAUGUGCCAGUCAAAAAAAUUGAAAGGAAUGGAUUUGCUCCCUGCAAACAACAAGCCAGUUCUGAGUUGAAUUCUGAGGCAUCAAAUGAAGAAUUAAAACAACGUCUCCAAGAAAUUUUAGAGGAAGUAGAAAUUUUAAAAGUGGAAUUGGAAGCAUCUCAAAGGCAACUUGAAGGCAAAGAACAAGCUUUAAAAAUUCUGCAGAGCAUGGCUGUUUUGGACAAAGCUACCACUCAUACUAAAGCAGUAUUUAUAAAAUCAGAGCAACAAAAGCGAGCCUUAGAAAAGGAAAUAAAUGUUCUCCAGUGGGAAAUCAAAAUUAAUCAGGAGAAAUUAAAAAAUAUAGAUGACACCUGGGCAGAGAAAUAUGAAAGAAUUUAUUGUGAAAAUGCUGCUUUUAAAGAAACACUUAAAAUGAAAACCGAGGAAAUUAAACUACUGAAAUCUGAAAAUCAACUUUUAGAGCAACAGCAUUUGGAGAUGGUGGCAAUGCUGGAUGUAAAACAGCAGAAGUUUGUUCAGGACAAUAUCUCUCUUAGCAAAAGUGGUGUUACUGAGGUUACAAGUCUAGAAUUGGCAGUUCUUGGAGCCUGUGCUUGCAAUGGCCCUGAAGGAGAACCCUGUGUCUGUGCCAAGAUGUCAGCAGCAACUCGAAAGCAACUUCUUCAACUCAAGCAAGAGUUUGAACUUCUGAAGAAGAGUAAAGAAGAAGCUUAUAUAAUGGCAGAUGCCUUCAGAAUAGCUUUUGAACAGCAGCUGAUGCGGAGGAAGGACCAGGCUUUCAGGCUUGCACAAAUGAGUAAGAUCUGCAGAAAAGAAACUAAAACAGUGAAGUGGAAAAGCAGCAAAGAAGAUGAAAAAAGAAAAAGCUUGGGAGCAAAGCUGAUGGGCAUGCUUGCUUCUGGCCCUGAGAGUAAGAAAGUAGAAGAACUGGAUAAUCCAGUGGAGAUCAUUAGGACACUAACAGACCUGCUGAACGAUAAGGAGGAGAUGUUGGCUCAUCAAAGGAAGGUUAGUUAUAUGCUUGCUCGAACACUGGAAGAUAAAGAAAAUGCUUUGCAGCAAAGGAAAGAAAGUACAUUUUCAGAGGAAAAGGUUACUUUUAAGAACAGUCAAUACAAAAAAGAAUUAAAACCCCAAGAAUGGAUUUUUCCUGAAUGUUCGUGUUGUCAGGAUGGCUUUUCUUCGAUUCCCAAUACAAACCACAACAGAAUGCCAACUUCUUUACAGGAUCUAAAGAAAAUAAACAUCACAACUUCAAAGAGACAGUGAAUAUGAAAUAAUAUAUCGCUUUUUAGGAAAAUGUAGAUCUGUGUGUAAAAAAUGACGACUUCCUUAACAUUUUGUUUCAUAAUUUAGAACUCUUAAACUCAGUCUGUGCUCCAUUGAAUAUAAGGAACUUUUAAAGGAGCACCUUUAAAAGACUCCUUCAUAAUUUCCAUAUCAGAGACACAGAUAAAUACAAAUGCAAAAGCUGCUUAUUGAUGGAAAGCAGAAGGAAGAGCUAAAAAUAUGCAAGGGCUUAUGUAUUUGUGGAAUAUCUGCAGUAAACUAUAAUUCAACCUUAAUUCAGGAAACUUUACCAUUUAAGUAAUUUACAAUUUCUGUAUUGAAAAUAAGUAAAUAUAUAAUUUAUUGUAUUCAGCAGUCUUUGUCUGUGAAGAGAAGGCCUUAAUUACAUUUUUCUAAAGACUUCCUCCAGUUUCUGAUCUCACAGAAUGCUUUGCUAGCAAAACCUACUAAUUCCCCUUCUGCACAAUUCUAUCACUCUCCUGCUGCUGUUUUCUGAAAAUGUUCUCCAUUUUAAAUUCCCUUUUCUUUUCUAAGAUGGCCUUUUAAUUUAGUUCGUUGUCAAGAGUGUUUCUGUAGGAUAGAAAACAUUUUUUAUUCGUAUGUUCAGUGUUUUGCACGCUAUUUACUUUUCAGCAGAGAACAUUUUCUCUUUUUUAAGACCUUUUUUUUAAAUUAGCUUCUUUUAUCAGUGUUCUUCCUCACUGGUGGAGCACUACAAAGAAGUUUUGCCUAAAUCAAAGCUCAUUCAUUCCCUCUUAAAUUGUCUCUCCUUGCUAUUUUGUAGCAUAAAAAUGGUACCUUUCACUUUCCAGAUGCAGUUAGACUUCAAGUCCUGUCAAUUUCAGACACCAAAGACUAUAUUUGUAUGUGAUGGAAAUUAAAGGUUUCAGUUUCUCAUCUUUUGAUAUAUUUUAUAGCUCAGGUUCCUUUUUAAAUAUGAAGGAACAUUUUAGGAUUUGAAUUAAGAUCCAAUCAUUUACUAAUUCUCUGCAGCAUUGAAUGAUUGCUGAAAUGUUUUUCCCUUGGAUAAAUGUCUGGCUUAUUGAUUUCCAUUUCUUCUGGACCACAUUUUAAUAGGGCAUAGAUAGAAAAAAUUGGUAUCAUGUAUCAUUCUCUGUUCAUGUAGAUUGAUCAAAAAGAGGACAUAAUGGGAUUCAACCAGAACUUCAUAAAAAAUCAAUUGCCUUAUGUAUGUAUAUAUUUGAAAGAAUGAUUUCAUGAUCAUACAAAACCUGUUGUCUUAGAAAAUGGGAGGUCUUUUAUACAUUGAUCUACACUGGUAGAAAAUAUUAAACUGUAGGUAUGCUGGAUUAGAACUACAUAUGUAUAAAAACACUGCAUGUGACCAUUUCUUCACCAGAUCUCCUUAUCAGAAAGUUGAAGAAUAAUUGUAACUACCUUAUACAUGUGUGCACAAUAUAAAUUAAUGUUGGGUUCACACUGACUCUUAAGUGCAUUCAGGCAAAUACUGCACGUACUGGUAUAAGUGAUUAGGUAAUAUGAUGUAAAGUUUCUUUUGCUAAGAAUAUCAAAUUUAUGGAAAAACAGUUCUGUAUUUUUUUAAGUGACUACGUUCACAUAUCGUAUUAAGCCAUGGUUCACCUUUAGACAUAUUUUAGUCCACAGUUUACAAGCCAUAAUAAAGAUUCACAUAACAUACUAAGCUACUGCCAAUUCACCUCAAACAGAUAUGUAAACCCAAACUUUUUUAUCAUUUUUUUAUUUGAAAAUCUUGCCUUUGAAUAAUUAUGUUGCAUGUGUAUGUUGUCACAAUAAUUUGAUUAAAUCUCUAUUGUAAUGCUUUUUAAAUAUUUUCUAUAAUUUGAACACUAUAAAUAUAACAUUAUAUAAUUUUCCUCCAAAAUCUGAAAAAUAAGGUAUUAGAAUGUUUUUGGAACAGUGGCCAUAUCUGAAAAUGUUAGAUUGCACUAUAGGAAUUCUUAUAGAUUGUCACUCUAGGGCUUGUCCAUUCACAAAAUAUUUUCCUUUGCAAGCAUGACCAAAAAUAAAUUGUGAGAGACUA